CGAAAUCAAUCCAUCGUACGCCUCCAUUGCCUAUAUCGACCCUCCACAACAUAGCCACGUGAACAUUGUUCUACCGUGGUAUACGGAAAAAGUAUGGCCAAGAGCAUACUGAAGAUAGAGGGGGAAGUUGAACACGCCAGAAAUGUUAGCCCGCUUUUGAAGAGGGUUUGCUGGGGGGAUCUCGAGAUUCUCGAGUUCCCCAAUAUGUUGGGAGACAAUCCAGGCGUCUCGGAAGGGGCACCGCUGACCAUCAACUGGCAACACGAAAGUAGGGAGGUUGUGGCAAUCGAGUAUUACGAAUACUUACGACAAAACCGUCCACGGCGGCGGCGGAAAGAUCUGGUUAUGAACAGUGCCUCGAGAGACACCUAUCUGCUAGGACUUGGUUACAGGCUGGAUGAACUAAUUAAAGCAGCGGAAGAAACAAAGAAAAUUCGCAAGAGUAGGCAGGCGAACAUGAAGGGCAAACUUGUAGACAAGUUUCGUGGACUUUUUGAUUUCUCUUCCGUGGGCAACUCCAAAGUGAAAAAGAGCGACGCGCAGCCAAAAAUAGUAGCCGGGAAAUCCGCCUAG